AUGCACCCACAAUUAGAGGCAGAAAGAUUUCACUCAUGUAUUGAUUUAAUCCAAGCUUUGGAUAAAUGUCACAGGAAGGAAUAUUAUAAGAGAGCGUUGGGCCUCUGUAAUAAUGAAAAGGAGGCUUUGUCUAAGUGUUUGCAUGAAGCAAGACUUUCGGGAGAAAGACGUUAUAUUUUGGAAUCAAGGGAAAAGAAGAAAGUCAUCGAGCAAAAAUGGAAGAAAUUGGAGGAAGAAGAGUAUGGCGAGGAUGCCAUCUUGAAGAAGAUCAUUCAGAGACAACUUGAGAAGAAGAGACAAGAUUCCCAACCAUCUGAAUGA